UUUUUUUGCUCAGCAUUUUGCCCUCUGACCCGCAUAAGCCUCUAUUCAUACGGCAGCGCAACACUUGUUAGAAUUUCCGUUCUGUCAAGUCAAGAUGAAACAGAUUUGCAGCUAGUUAGCUUAGCUGACUAUCGAUUGAUCAUAAUAACGAGCAAAUAUGUACGGCAUCUGGCUUUUUGCAUUAACGCCGUCACUGAGACCUACACUAUUGCGUCUUAUUUAAAUCACAUGCCUGCAUGUUGACUCUGUUCUUGCUGGGUAACCGCGCGGUUGCGUGUCCAGAUGUUGCGUUUCCCUAGAAACGCUGGGGAAUCCGUCACUAUCUGCCCUGAGCUGGAGACUAGACGUAGGACCAUCAUGUCCUCUGACCUGCUGGUGGACCUUCACGAUGAUCUGGGAGGAGACGACUCUCCUAGCGCUGCCCUGGACCAGCUCAAACUGGUACAGGACAAACAGUGGCCACCAGAUGACCCUGUUAGCUUGAGCAAAUCCGCUUCAGACAUUAAAAGCCUUGGUGACACUUCACAUCUGCCCUGGGACGACCCCUUCUAUGACAUUGCCAGACAUCAGAUUGUGGAGGUGGCAGGUGAUGAUAACUUUGGUCGGAAGGUCAUUGUUUUUAAUGCUUGCCGCAUGCCUCCCCAACAUCAGCUGGACCAUCAUAAACUUCUCAUGUAUUUGAAGCAGACUCUUGAUAAGUAUGUGGAGAGUGAUUAUACCCUCAUCUACUUCCAUCAUGGUCUGACCAGCGAGAACAAGCCCUCUCUAAGCUGGCUUCGAGAUGCCUAUCGAGAGUUUGACAGGAAGUAUAAGAAAAAUAUCAAGGCGCUGUACAUUGUCCAUCCCACCAUGUUUAUCAGAACCAUCCUUAUUCUCUUCAAACCCAUCAUCAGCUUUAAGUUCGGCCGUAAGAUAAACUACAUAAAUUAUUUGAGUGAGCUGGAGGAGAUUGUGAAAUGUGAUCAGCUGGUGAUCCCCAAUAGAGUCCGAGAGUAUGAUGAUAAGAUCCGUCUGUCCCUGAAGCCGUCUGUAGUCCCUGGACCGAUCUCUCCCCCUCGUAGUCCUCCUCUUCCUUUCCAGCAGUUUGGGGUCCCACUGUCAGCAUUGAGACACAGGGCGGCAGACUCAGAGGGAAUUCCACUAGUCAUGCGUGAAUCUAUUGGAUUCCUGCAAGAGAAUGGUCUUAAGACAGAGGGAAUAUUCCGGCGUUCUGCUAAUGUUUCAUUGGUUAAGGAAGUUAAGCAGAAAUAUAACUCAGGAGAGGAAGUUAGUUUCUCUCAGCUGGACGAUGUCCACUUGACAGCUGUGAUCUUAAAGAUGUUCCUCAGAGAACUGCCAGAGCCGCUGCUCACCUAUCAGCUCUACAACGACAUUGUCAACUUCCACAAUGUUGACACAGAGUCUCAGGCAGAAAGGAUUCGGAACAUGCUGACAUCACUUCCUGAGGAGAACUAUGCAUCACUGCGCUUCCUCAUACAGUUUCUUGCUCAGGUGUCUGCUGAGAGUGAAGUCAAUAAGAUGACCAAUGCCAACCUGGCUGUGGUGUUUGGGCCCAACUUGCUGUGGGGGCAGGAUGCUUCCAUGACACUCAGCGCGAUCGGACCAAUCAACAACUUCACCCGCAUCCUGCUCGACCUAUAUCAGGAGGUCUUUAUCCAGUGAGGAGCGGGAGAAUUUUUCACGAUGACUCCUCUCCAGUUAUUGUCCCUCCCCGUUCCAUAGCUUUGUUCCUCUGUUGCUGUGACCUGUCCUUCGUGUCUCCCUCAGUAUUGCCAAAUGCAUGAGUAUUUUAACUGGGUGAAGCUAUGAAAAAAAGGAUACUGGAGGGCACAGAGCGGUCAAGCUGUCACAAACGUUUAGGCUAUGAUCAAAUUCUGACAAUCGUCUCCUUUUCUCUCCUGCAGAAGUCAUGUAGCUGUUGUCAGAACAUAAUGGUACUGCACAGGCACAAGAGUUUUUAUAUGGUCUGUUAGCAGAGGCCUAAAUCAAUAAACCAACCAAGUGUACAGGUAGCUGCUUUUGUUUGUAUGUUUUGGUAGGUCAUCAGCUUGGUUUGGAUAUUGUUUGUUCGACUUGACCGUAUUCAUUUCAGUUCAUUUUUCCAAGUAAAAUUAGACUACAUGCACACGUCCUCAUUUUUGUAAGCCAUAGUUGGCACAAGCUAUGGACAAGUAUAAAGCACUACUACUCAAACUUGAAACACUUAUUUUAAACAUGCUUAUUUCUUAUUACAUAAAAUAUAUGAUAUUAUUAUCUCAAAGAACUUUCAUUCAGUCUUCAUUUAUAUUAUCAUAUCAUUAUAUUAUUUUUUCUAUAAUCUUUUUGUCUUUUUUUGGUGUCUCAGUGAUUCUAGGAACAGGGCAGAUGCUUAUGGCCAGCACAAAGUUCCUGAUGCUGAACAGAAAAGAAAAGUUAUUUUUCUGAUCAAAACUUCCGCUUCUUCUAUCUGUGUGUGUGGAGUUGUGUGUAAUUUGUGUGUGUGGUCUGUUCAGUAAUUCCGUUGUAUUAUUCUACCCCAGACAUAUUUAUUUUGGCCAAAGAUUAUAUGGUUAAAAUGUUUGUGUGAUCAAUUUUAUUUGUUACUAGAAGACAUACUGCCUGUCGGGGACGGUGCCAUUACACAUGGGCGCAUUUGAAACAAAAGCCCAAAUCAAGACACAAAUGGCAAAGAACAAUUUGAUGUCAUUUUGUCCUCUUAGUAAAAUUGUGGUUUUAUCUAUGAGGAAACAUAUCAUAGUGCAAUGAGUUAUUACUAGAGUGCAUAAAGUCCAAGUACAGCAACAUUUUAGUUGUAUCACAGAGCUCUGUACGUGUUCGCUUUAAUUUUAUGAUUAAUGGAUUUGAAUCGUACGGAUUUAGCACAAUUGAGUCCGGUUUCAUGGGUCUGAAGUCCAAAAGACCCAUUGAGCAGGUACUUGGGCACUAAUUAUUUAGCAUUAACGAGUUAAGUGUCAUAUGCCUUGAUAUUGAAUUGUAACUGUUUACUGUGUCAUGUUAACGUCCUAUUCAUGUCAAUGCAUCUGAGCAUUGACAUGUGGACCAGUGGCUUAUAUAGUUUUAGACAAGCGCCCUCAAACCCAAGUGUCUGUGUGCCUUAAUGGAGUGAACUGGCGAUGAUAUUAGCUGUUAAAUUCCCUUUCUCUGGACAGAUCUGUGAACUUUGUGCCAUUUUGUUGUACCUGUAUCCAAACAUCUACCUGUUUACCUGUAUUGUAGACGUGUAUCUCUGGUUUCCAGGUGGAACUUUGCAUUACUUCUUUUGUGAAGGUUCUUUUCUUCCAUUUUGGCUGUUAAAAUGUAUUCUGUGCUUUUGAAAUCUUUACUUUUGUAUAUCAUGUUGUGAUUUCAGAGUAAUAAAUUGUUAGAGAUGGUGUAA